GGGUGAAGCUGAGGUCAUCUUCCCUGCCAGGAGUUGCCGAGCUUGUGGAUCUGCUGCGUUCGAGGUCCUACAGCACCGACUAAAGGAUGGCUUCGCUCGUCAGAACCACAUUACGGCCUCUCAGGACUCAGGCAGUACUGAGGAUCACAGGGUCUCGGCUCUAUGCAUCCAGCUCUGUGCCCACAACCAAACUGUUCAUCAAUGGACGAAUGGUAGAGUCAAAUGCAACAGAGUGGAUUGACGUGCACAACCCCGCCACUAACGAGGUUGUGACAAGAGUUCCCAAGUCUACCCCUGAGGAGAUGCAGGCUGCGGUGGACGCGGCUAAAGCUGCAUUCCCGUCCUGGUCAGAGACAACCAUCCUCACACGGCAGCAGGUCAUGUUCAAGUUCCAGCAGCUCAUCAAGGAAAACAUGUCUGAACUUGCCAAAAACAUCACCACUGAACAAGGGAAGACCCUGGUGGACGCAGAGGGAGAUGUACUCAGAGGACUGCAGGUGGUCGAGCACUGUUGCAGCAUCACAUCGCUACAGCUGGGGGAGACCAUGGCGGGCAUUGCUAAAGACAUGGACACCUCCACAUUUCGACUCCCUCUGGGGGUCACAGCUGGAAUUACACCGUUCAACUUUCCUGCCAUGAUUCCACUCUGGAUGUUCCCCAUGGCCACAGUGUGUGGGAACACAUGUGUAAUGAAGCCUUCUGAGCGCGACCCUGGUGCCACCAUGAUGCUGGUGGAGAUGGCAAAGGAGGCGGGACUUCCCGACGGAGUCGUUAACGUUAUCCACGGACAGCACGAUGCUGUGAACUUCAUCUGUGACAAUCCUGACAUCAAGGCCAUCUCCUUUGUUGGUUCAGACACAGCCGGCCAGUACAUCUAUGAAAGGGGAUCCAAGAAUGGGAAGAGAGUUCAGUCCAACAUGGGAGCGAAGAACCAUGGGGUGAUCAUGCCAGAUGCUAAUAAGGAGAACACACUGAACCAGCUUUGUGGAGCUGCAUUUGGAGCAGCAGGCCAGCGCUGCAUGGCCCUCUCCACAGCUGUGUUUGUGGGCGAGGCCAAAGAGUGGAUCCCUGAACUCAUCGAGAGGGCAAAGCAGCUCAAAGUCAACGCUGGUGACCAGCCGGGUGCAGACCUGGGUCCCCUGAUCUCGCCCGAGGCGAAGCAGCGUGUGUGUGACCUGGUGCAGAGUGGUGUGGACCAGGGUGCAGAACUCCUGCUGGACGGGCGGGACAUCAAGGUCCCCGGGUACGAGAAGGGGAACUUUGUGGGGCCGACCAUCCUGCACAAAGUUGACCCGAAGAUGAAGUGUUACGAGGAGGAGAUCUUUGGUCCAGUGCUGGUCAGCAUGGAGGUGGACACCCUGGACGACGCCCUGAAUGUCAUCAACUCCAACCCCUACGGCAACGGCACCGCCAUCUUUACAACCAACGGUGCCACGGCACGCAAGUUCACUCAGGCCGUGGACGUGGGACAGGUUGGAGUGAAUGUGCCCAUCCCAGUGCCCCUCCCCAUGUUUUCCUUCACCGGCUCUCGUGGAUCCUUCAGGGGAGACACCAACUUCUACGGCAAGGCGGGAAUCCAGUUCUACACGCAGAUAAAGACGGUCACGUCUCUGUGGAAGGAGUCGGACGUGUCGCACACCAGGGCCGCUGUCGCCAUGCCAGUGCAGAAGUAACCCUCACCUGCCAUCGCUGAAUCACCUUUUACAAAAUAAACAAAUACUCUAUAUGGCUUGAGAAUCAAGUGUCAUCCAUAAAACAGAAGUAAUGCUGUAUGUGGAUUGAAGAAAAUUGCUACGUCUAUGUCUAAAAGUACAUGUACCCUGGUGAAAUCAUGAAGUUGGAAUUACUAACUUGUUCUGUGAGAGAUUACUGAGCAUAUUUUUCUAGCUGUGUCCUAUGCAGAAAAUAGUGAUCAGUUAAAACUAUUGAAUCAGAAUCUUAGAGCUUUACCAAGAAAAGUUUAAAGAGGGUUAAGGGUCAAGAUUUGUUUAUGGGUGCGAAUGGGCAGUGUUAUGUGAGUAAUGAUCAGUCUCUGUAACCAUUGCCUGCUACUAAUUGCCUGCCCCACUCCAGCUUGCUUUCUAACAUACUGAGUAACAUGUUUGGGUGUCAAUGCUCUGAAUGUUAUGCUGAAAUGUUACUGUCAGUGGUACACAAGCAGGCACCCUCCCUGUAACAUUGGAAGAUGGCCAGAGACUGACACUGGGAAGUGAAUGGAUGUACAGCUUGGGGAGUUGUUAAAUCAGACACGUGUAUUUCUCUUGACUGAGGUAUGAUUUGUACUGUUUUAAUGUAAAAAAAUGCACCCCUGUCUAGAUGUGUGCUGUUCUAUAGGCCAUAGGUAAAAAUGAUCAGCUGCUAAUCAUGAUUCAAUCAUUACAUUCUUCAUUUGUUGAAAUAUAACAAACUUUGAUACAAC